AUGUCAAGAUUGAGAAGAAGAGAGCCUGUGAAGGUGGUGAUUAUCAACACCAAGUAUAUUGAGACAGACGCCAUGAGCUUUAAGUCUGUCGUUCAACGUCUCACCGGAAAAGAUACUCCCUCCCCCUCUCCCAACAAUAGCUUAUCACACGCUGGUGGUGGUGGUGGUUGCGGCGGCCGUAGUGGUGUGAAGUCGCCUAUGUUGAAGAAAGGGAUGUUGUUUAGAGACCUGGAUAACUUGCUGUUGGAGCUCCCUUCCAUGGAUGAUAUUUAUCGGUUUUGCUCUGAGUAAUAUCUCUAAAUAUUAUUAAAAGAGAACCUUUAAUUCUAAACUGAAGAAAUCAGGACCAUUGAUUGCAUUUCAAUCAUAUAUUUUCCACCUUUGGAUUAUUUGAUGACAUCAUCUUUGUCAACCCAUUUAUUUUUGUCAAUAGAUUUUAUAAAACAUAUAUUAUGUUUUAAAUUACAAUUCCAUUAAUGACACUUAAAUCUCACCAAAAAUAAAAUGAAUUAAAUUAGGAAUUCUAUUAAUGACAACUAAAUAUCAUCAAAAAUAAAAUAAAUUAAAUUAGGAAUUCUAUUAAUGACAAUUAAA